UGCAAAGAUAACCAAGGGAUCAUAAGCGACUACUACAACGAGUGGAGAUAGCGGCCCGGAGUGGGGACCCAACAAAAUGGAGAAUCUAACGAAUAUCGAAGUCGAGGAGGACGCGAACGCGUUCCGAAGAAGCGAGAGGAUGCAGAGAUCACUAGUGACACCGCUGGAAACCGCAGCGAUCGCUACCAGUAGCACAAUCCGAAGCGAGCUCCAAGGAAACCAACAGGAGCUAGGGUCUUCGAACCAGCGAGUGUUCACACCGACGCCGAAGAGCAGUGCUGCUCAAGAGUCGGGUUUGGGUGAGGUGAGGAAGAAGGUGAACGAACUGUACGAGUUUGUGAAGGACAGACACAACGUGCACCUGAAAAUAAAGCAGAUGGUGACGAACAUCAAAUCUGCUGUUAUAGCUGCCGAACGAGAGCAAAAGGCACUCAGAUUGAGAGCUGAAACAGCUGAAAAGGCUGUAACGGAAGCUGCAGGAAGAGCUACGGCGGAAACUCGGGAGACGCCUAAGAGUCACCGCUCGGAGAAAAGGGGUAGGGACACGCCUGGAGACGAGGAAGUCCCGAAGAAGCAGAAGAACGAUCAGUCGCGCGUCGACAAUCAGAGAAACGAUGGCAGAGACAGUGGAUGGCGCACCGUUGAAAGCCAGCGAGUUAAGAAGAAAAAGCGAAAGGAAAAAAAUAGAAAGGAAGACGGAACCGGAAAAGAAAGAUAAACUUCGGCCGUCUAGGAGGAAAAGCAGAGGUGAUGCCCUCAUAGUCGAAGCGAGCGACAAGACAACGUACGCUGCGCUUCUCAGGAAGGUGAGAGAGGAUCCGGACCUUAAGGGGUUGGGCGAGAACGUGGUUAAGACACGGCGCACGCAGAAAGGCGAGAUGAUCUUCGAGCUAAAGAAAGAUCCAGCUGUUAAGAGCCUGGAUUACCGGGAACUCGUCGCGAAAUCCCUGGGCAGCGAUGCAAAUGUCAGGGCUCUUUCACAGGAGGUGGUGAUCGAGUGCAGGGAUCUGGAUGCGGUCACGACAGAAGAGGAACUGAGAUUUGCCCUAACCGAGCAGUGUAAGCUGGAUGUUCCGGUGCAAAUUCGGUUAAGGAAAGCGUUUGGAGGCACCCAGACGGCGGCGAUUCGCUUAUCGGUUGACGCUGCAAACAAGCUGGUGGAGAUCGGCAAGAUAAAAGUUGGUUGGGCGGUGGGCACUCUGAGAGCCACUCCUCGAGUUGCUAAGCAGAUGGAGAGAUGCUUCCGGUGUAUAGAGUUCGGUCACCAGGCGCGAAGCUGCAAGGGCCCUGACAGGUCCACAUUGUGCUGGAGAUGCGGUGGAAGUGGUCACGUUGCUCGAGACUGCACGAAGCAACCGAGGUGUAUGUUCUGCAAACCGGAGGACGGAAACGAUCAUUCGACGGGUGGCUUCAAAUGCCCGAUGUACAAGAAGGCGAAGGCAGGUCAACAAUGACAAUGAUGGAGAUAACGCAAGUGAAUCUCAAUCAUUGCGAUGCAGCACAGCAACUGUUGUGGCAGUCGACAACGGAAACCAAGUGCGACGUCGCAAUAAUUGCAGAGCCGUACCGAGUUCCUAUCAAUAACGGUAACUGGGUGGCGGAUAAAGCAAGGAUAGCGGCAAUCCAAGUUACAGGCGGGUUUCCCAUUCAAGAAGUAGUGGAUAACGAUCAUGAAGGUUUUGUUAUCGCCAAGAUCAACGGUGUCUUUGUGUGCAGCUGCUAUGCGCCCCCAAGGUGGACCCCUGAGCAAUACAAUCGGAUGUUGGAUCUACUAACUGAUAAGUUGAUAGGACGUGCGCCGGUUGUUAUCGGCGGGGACUUCAACGCCUGGGCGGUGGAGUGGGGAAGUAGGCUGACCAACGCAAGGGGUUACUGUCUGCUGGAAGCCUUAGCGAAGCUGAAUGUUAAAGUGUGCAAUGAAGGCUCUGUGAGUACAUUCCGUAAGGACGGACGAGAAUCCACUAUUGAUGUGACGUUCUGCAGCCCGUCGCUGAUGAACAACAUGAACUGGAGAGUAAGCGAAGAAUACACGCACAGUGACCAUCAGUCCAUCCACUACAGCGUCGGUCGGCGGAUCUCCGCUCUACCGAGCACCCGGAGGACCUGCGAAA